AUGGGGACUGUACCUGACCCUCUAAUAAUAGCUAAAACCUCCCUGAUCACAGCUUCUGGAAAAGAAGACGACCUAGGAGAGGUACCGGCUGCCUCCCCUCCGCCUCAACCAGCCCUCCCGUGUAGGAACACCGAUGGCCUUUCCAGCAAGCCUCCGGAACCAGCCCUCAGCCCCAGGGCAGCUCCCGAGGCCCUGAUGCAGGCCUGUGAGCAUGAGGCCACGCGGCCAGACAUGUCUUCUCCUGGCAUCUUCAAUGAGGUGGAGAAAGCAUCUCCCACACUCAACUCCCCUGGCAAUACCCAGCGGCCAGGAGACAGCAAGCCCACAGCACCAACCCCGUGUUCUGCAGCAGCGAAGGAUCUCAUACACACAGCAUGUACCAUGCCAGCCAGUCAGCACACCCACCCGGCCAUCCCAGGGGACCAGCCCAACGCCAGCGCCUCCUCCGGAUCUGAAGAUACCCUGGGGGAAUCACAGAGAACCUCAGCUGGAGAGCCAUCUGAGACGCCGGGUUGUCCUGUGGGAGGCACUUGUAGCAGCAGCCACGAUCAAGUGCCCUGUGAUUUUCCUUCUCAAGACGCAAUCCCGGGAACGGUGCAGACUGCAAACACAGCGCCCAGGAUGCUCAGCCACGCCUCCCCUCCUGCAGGGCAAAGGCAGGGAGCCAUUUCCGACUCCAAGACGAGGGCCUGUGGCUCUCCAGCACGAGACGACGGGCGUUCAGGGAACACACAGCCCUCUGCCACCACCUCAGACACCCAGGCCGUGAGUUCUGUGACACCUCCACCAUCCCACCUCCCUGGCAAAGGUCCGGCGUGUCCUCCAGAGCCAGAGAAGACGCUGCUAGCUGCACAGCAUCAGGCAUCAAGGUUCAAAGAAGCAAGUACGAUGACCAACCAGGCUGAACAUGAGCUCAAGGACGUUCCCAACAGGGCUCAGCAAGAUGCGGAGGUGCAGGCCGUGGCGAGUGUGGAGAGCAGAUCCGUCUCCACCAGCCCCAGCAUCCUCACUGCGUUCUUAAAGGGAACCCCUGCUCCUGAGCGUUUGGAACAAGAGCAGCUGCGUGUCGUUUGCCACGGCAGCGGGAGCCACGCGCUGGAGCUGUCCGUCAACAAGCUAUCCCCCCAGGAGUCAGGGCAGCGCCCUGGCAUCAUGCCAGAGGUACACAUCCAGGCAGCUGCCGCCGUCUCCACAGCGGUCCAAGGAGGUCGUAGACUAGUGAGCCUGCCAGGGGAGGUCCUCAAGACCUCAUCCAUCAGUGAGGCAUCCAGCAAUGUCCAGGACACAUGUACUGAGGAUGGGAGGUCAGCAGGGAUGACCCCAGGGAGGGCGGAGCCCACCUCCAAACAGCUUUCUGCUAAUUCCAGCUCCCUGAAAGCUAGCCUCACGGACCGGAUUUCCACCAGUGCAGGACGCCAAGAUGAAACCAGUCACGCAUUGGGGACACUGGAAACCAGGCCAUCUGAGCUUGCAGUGAAAACCACAAGUGGCCACAACACAGACCCUGGUUGCAAACUCUCCGACUCCUGUGGGCCUGCCAGCAAAACUGACCAGUUCGGGGGCUCGGACCCCACGGAUAAAGGAGAUGCAAGAGAGAGGAAGCCUGCAUCUCUUCCGAUAGGAAAAGAACAAGAAUCUAAAGGCACGGAUCUCCUGGAGGGGAGAGCAAGGGCAGAGGCCAACACCCUCCUGCUCACUCCUAAAUCCCAAGGAAGUGGAGGCUCAGGGUCAGCUGCCAGUCCCACACCCUCCCCAGUUAGAAACAACCAGGAGGGCGCCGCCGGGGAAGAAAGCAGGCCGGCCAAACCAGCCACCAGCCUGAGCCUGCCAUCUGAAUCCAUGGGUGACUCCAGUCCCAGCUCGGGCAAGAAGACCCCUUCUCGCUCGGUCAAGGCCAGCCCGCGCCGGGCCAGCCGGGUCAGCGAGUUCCUCAAGGAGCUCAACGUGACGGCCGCGGCCGCGCAGGUGGGACUCACCCCGGGAGAGAAGAAAAAGCAGCUGGGCGCCGACUCCAAGCUGCAGCUGAAACAGUCCAAGCGGGUCAGGGACGUGGUGUGGGACGAGCAGGGCAUGACCUGGGAGGUGUACGGCGCUUCCCUGGACCCGGAGUCGCUGGGCGUCGCCAUCCAGAACCAUUUACAGAGACAAAUCCGGGAGCACGAGAAAUCCAUCAAAGCGCAAGGCAGCCAGGCCCGGAGGUCCAUCUCCUCGGAUUCUUCUUCGAAUAAGAAGCUCAAGGGCAGGCAGCACGGCGUUUUCCAGUCCAUGCUGCAGAACUUCCGACGCCCCAACUGCUGUGUGCGCCCUGCCCCGUCCUCUGUGUUAGAUUGA